UGCACCUGCGUGUAUAUAUAUUUAAUUUAACUAGGUAGAAGCAUAGAGUUAAAAAAAAAAAAACAAAACACAUCAAUUCAACCAUGGCUACGCUGAUUGCUCCUUCCAACCACUCUCCUGUGGAAGAUGCCGAAUCUCUCCGGAAGGCUGUCAAAGGUUGGGGAGCUGAUGGAAAAGCCAUCAUAGCAAUACUAGGCCAUAGAAAUGCCACCCAAAGGACCCUAAUCAGAGAAGCAUACCAGAAUCUCUUCCAAGAGGAUCUCAUCAAACGCCUUGAGUCUGAGCUCUCUGGUGACUUUGAGAGGGCAAUGUACCGUUGGAUAUUGGAACCUGCAGAACGUGAGGCUUUGUUGGCCAAUAUAGCCAUUAAGAGUGCUGACAAAAACUACCAAGUGAUUGUGGAAAUUUCCUGUGUCCUUUCACCUGAAGAGCUUUUUGCUGUGAGGCGUGCCUACCACAACAAAUACAAGCGUUGCUUGGAGGAAGAUGUGGCCGCUAAUACCAGUGGCCAUCUUCGCCAGCUAUUGGUAGGGUUGGUUAGCUCAUUUAGGUAUGGGGGCAGUGAAAUUAAUGCAAAAUUGGCACAAUCUGAAGCUGAUGCUCUUCAUGAGGCUAUAAAAAACAAGAAUAAAAGUAAUGACGAAAUUAUUAGGAUCCUUACUACUAGGAGCAAGACCCAACUUGUGGCUACUUUCAAUCGCUACAGGGAUGAUCAUGGCAUUGCCAUCACUAAGAAAUUGUCCGAUGAAGGAUCUGAUGAAUUUCAUAAGGCAGCAAAUUUAGCCAUUAGUUGCAUCAAUGAUCAUAAGAAGUACUACGAAAAGGUUCUUCGCAAUGCCAUGGAACAUCUUGGAACUGCUGAGGAUGCCCUCACACGUGUGAUUGUCACCAGGGCUGAGAAGGACCUGAAGGAGAUCAAAGAGGUGUAUUACAAGAGAAACAGUGUUCACCUUGAGCAUGCAGUGGCCAAGGAAACUUCUGGAGACUACAAGAAGUUCCUCCUCUCUUUGAUGGGGAAAGAAGAGUAACCUAUUUUCAUUUUAAGGAUACAUGUAAUUGGUUUCUGCCAAGUUUGUGACUGAAGCUGUUAUCUAAGUUUGUUUCUCUCAAUGACUCCCUUAACACCCUGUCCAGCCGUUGUUAUCUUUGUCGUAUGAGGGAACUUGAAGAUAUCAAUUAAUGAAGAAAGUUCCACAAUAAGUAUUAUGGUUUUUUUUUUUUUUUUACAUUCACAUGAAUUCAAUUUGGAUAGCAAAAAAUAUAUAAUAAUUUCCGCAUAUUGUUCAACUUA